GUUGGAAUGUGACUGCCACGUAAGCAGGAAGCAAAAUCAUGGGCUCUGCACCGUCAAGUUUGAAGAGAGAAGUUCAUGAAGAACUGUCCUGCAGCAUCUGCCUGGAGCUGUUCACCAGGCCCAAGGUGCUGCCCUGUCAGCACACCUUCUGUCAGGACUGUCUGAGGGACCAUGCAGAGGUUCGGACACCCUUCCAGUGCCCAAUCUGUCGUUGUCAGGUCAGGCUGCCACCCCAGGGGGUCGCAGGUUUGCCAGACAAUCUCAUGGCCGCAAAUAUGUGUGAGAAAGUCCGGAAACAAGAAACCCUGCUAGAGGAAACAGAGAAGCAACCCCAGUCUGGAAACAGGUGCAGUUUUCACCCCUCAGAGGAAGUCAAGCUCUACUGUAAACAGUGUAACUUGCCAGUUUGUAGUGAGUGUUGUGAAGAAAGCCAUGAUGGACAUCCGACCACAGGCCUCAAAAAAGCUGCACAGGAAAGGAGAUCUACAGUCCAGGCCUUGAUCCAUGAGGGGAGGAACAUUCUGGAAAGUUUUAAUAGUUUCAUGUGCAGUCUCAAAGAGACAGAGAAAACCCUGAAUGAACAGAAACAGCAGAGAGAAAACAGCAUCAUUCAGGCUUACAACCAAAUGGUACAGAAACUCACAGACAGAAAAGAUCAACUUUUGUCUGAGUCAGGAGAAAAUCACACAAAAAACUUGGACAGAAUACAGACUGAAAGGGACCGAGUGUCAGCAGAUGUCAAUGAACUGUCUGCUGCCUGUGAUCGAGCAGAACAAGAACUGCAGCAGGGAGGGGUCAAGUUUCUCAGUCAGCAAACCGCUCUGACAGAGGCGGUAGGAAAGUACAGAGGAAAAGCAGCACCAACUCCUGUACAAACCCAGCCUGCUGUCUUUCAGCCCACAGACACCCCCGUGCCAGUAUUGGGACAUGUGACGGUCCAGUCUUUCCCAUCUGCACCUAUCCCAGCAGCACCUGCAGCAAGGGGCACAGGUCAUCACCAUGGUAACCAAAGACAAGGGGAGCGUCAGAAGGUGACAUUUGGUGGAGGGGGAUCAGGACCAGGACAGUUCAAUGGUCCAUUUGGCGUUACAGUGUCAGAUGAAGGGGAGAUUUUUGUAGCAGACAGGGGGAACCAGAGAAUCCAAAUCUUCACCCUGCAGGGAACGUUUGUCCGACAGUUCCCAACAGUCGUGUCAGGUGAACAGGAGAUGUACCCCCAAGAUGUAGCAAUGGACGGGGAGGGGAACCUGUGGGUGGUGGGGAGGACAGGGAACCUGUGGGUGGUGGGGAGGACAGACUCUGCUGACUUUGCUGUGCAGUACAACAAACAGGGCAGGGUGCUGAGGAAGUUUGACCUACAGAAGACAGGGUGGAUGAGAGAAGUUGCUGUGGACACCAGGAGGAACCACAUCCUCACCACACAAACCACAGGAGACAGUGACAACCCACAUGGUGAAGUUUUGGUGUUCAGGCCAGAUGGAACACUUGUGAGAACUGUGGGUCAGCAGCAGGGGAUGGAGUGGCCACGGUACAUCACUGUGGACGGGGAAGGGAACAUUCUUGUGUCAGACAGGCGCAAUCACUGUGUCUUUGUGUACAAAGAGGACGGACAGUUUCUGUUCAAGUUUGGAGGUUGGGGAAGUGGUGAAGGUCAGCUGGACUAUCCCGAAGGCAUCUGUACAGACAGGGCAGGGAACAUCAUCGUGGCAGACAUGGACAACAGCCGUGUGGAGAUGUUUGACAAGACAGGAAAAUUCCUCAAACACAUCGCUACAGACAUGCCUGAGCCAUGGGCUGUUGCCAUGGCAACACAGGGACAGCUGGUAGUGACUAGUUGGACCAACAAAGUCUCCAUACUUCACAACUUCUGA